GGUAGCGAUAAACAUUCGAUUUCAUCACCGAACUUCUCCUGGCAUUCACUCAGUCGUGUGUGCACGAGUUCUCCGUUAACAUGGGCUCUUUUGACUGCUAUUGUGCAUUCUGCUCCGGUCCGCUGGGGAUUGGGUUUCUAAAAUUUGGGAGUAGGAAGGCAAAGGCGCUUAGGAAGAGGAGGAUUAGGGUUGAUGCGCAGAAGAGGAAGCUCAAUGGGGAGGAUGUGGACGAGGAUAAGAUUGAAGAUGAUGAUGAUGAAGAGAUGGAAGAUGCUCCGACCGAAGAGGACGUCGAAGUUGCAAAGGAUGCUGUCUUAGAAGACGACGAUGACGAUGACGACUAUGAAGUGUCCUCUACAUCCUCGUAUUCGUCUGAAGAUAGCGACUCCAUCGAAAGCACCAGCUCGGACAUUCACACUGGAGAUAUCCAAGACGUGCCCAUUCCUCCACCCGAGCCUGAAAGCGAACAUGAGGACACCUGGUCCCAAGCCUCAGACCUUUCUGGCUGGGAUAGCUUCGUCGCCUAUAACGCUAUAGACGAAACGGAAAGGAUGCAUAGCUACGAAGAACAGACUACCUACGAUCCCUCAAUCCUCAAUCCCGAAGAUGUCAAAUGGAUCGAUCGAUGUCGUUGUCUCGGAUUCAAUGCCGACGCUCCAGGUGUAACCAAAGCCUUCAUUUCUGGUCGCGGGACUUAUAAUGAUUACGGAGGCUUCGACAUCAAAAAGCCGGGACGCGAUCCAAAUGAUACCGGUGAAGACCAGCACUCUUGCUUCUACUCGUAUGAUCCUAACACUCUUCCUGCGUUCCCAUUUCAUGAAGCCUGCUUCGAUAUUCUGGCAAAGAGUUUGGGGUAUGACGAUCGCUCAAUGGUGAAUAAAGAUGUGCUAUAUACUAUUAUAGCUCAGAAUCUCGAUAAAUAUCUUAGGGCUCCUCGUCUGGAUUAUGGGUUGGUGCAAGAGUGCGGGCAGUUUUGGGAGUGCUUACCUGGUGAAGAGUAUUCGGUAUCCGAUCCAGGACCGAAACCCGGCUUCGAGGAGGUCUUGCCGAGCAUGAUACCCGCCACUCUGUUCGACAGCACGACAUCAGUGGACCUAGCGCAUAAGGUUCGCAAUGACCCUUUAGCAGUACUACCGUAUGACGUCCUUCAUGGCAUUAUCGAUCGCCUCUCUGUCGACGAUACGAUGUCACUAAUGUCAGCUUCCUCGCACGUUCUCAGCUCAACUCGGGAGGUUUCCUUUUGGAGAUAUAUGCUUCGUCGUCACAUUUUGAGAUGGUUUUGGGAGCUGGAUACAAUGCUUGUCAAGUCGAUAUUGCCGGAUACAUUCGACCAUAAAGCCCUGUUUUUAUGGGUGAAUAGUGUCACAAAACCAGAGUUUGGCAGCACAGGUCCACUGGUGGGCAUCGCAAACCGCCGUCGCAUAUGGACUGCGUGCCAGCCACUCGUUCCAGAGUACCAACAAAUAGCCGGUCCUAAUGAUCGUGCGGAGCCGGAAGACGAUGAAGCAAAAACCAUCAUGGACCGCGCUGUAUCACUGCACAUGCCGAUGGUUCUAUAUCCUUCCCCUAGAGAAGUCCGGACCACAAGCUCACAAUUCAUCCGCUCGUGGCAAGAGAUCACACAUCAGCCUUGUGACUUUGAUACGUAUUGGAAUGAAGGUGGCGCACUGGUGGGAAUUGCGGCGACUUUUGGCACUCAUCAGAGGAUAUUUGGAAGUACCGAGGGCAAAGCCGGUAAGACGAUUCACAUUCCCUCAGAUGAAUGGAUCAGCAAGAUCCAGGUGAACGUCAGCGAAGUCCGCAUGUUCAAUGAUAGGCAAAAUAGAAGUAACCGGGUCACGGCGUUGGAUGCUCGACCGGCUGAAACUGCUGAAAUUAGGGGUAUGAUGAUUACUCUGACGUCCGGCACAGUCAGACAUUUAUUUUCGGGUGGCAGGAAUAUACGCCUCUUUACAGUCCUUCCACAUAUGCAUCUCAUCGGCUUGACCGGCCAGAUCGCUGCUAACGGCGUUAUCUCACGUCUCGGUCUUCUCCAAGCCUCCCGUCCCGGUGAAGAGCCCGCCACAGUGUCAUACACGCCAAUGCAGCGACGGCUCUGGGCUCCAAGCGUACCAUUCAACAAUAAGGGAGGCAUGUCUGAAUGGCCCUACCAGAUCCACACUUUCCCCUCAUCUUACUACCCUCCCGCUGAGGUGCCAUCCGAUAUGUGCCCCCACGAAAUCAUCCUGUGGGCCGAGUCGCCGGAACGAUACCAGGAUCUAUCUCGCAUAUCCUGUUUCCAAGUCGUUGGCGGAACGAAGCAGAGCGGCGAUAGAGUGUGGGAAGUACCAGAUAUCUUAGCUAUCUCGGCAGAGAAGAUACAAGGACACGGAACACACGUAGGAGAGAUCCGUCCUGUAGCCGCCCAACAUCCUGAUUUCCACAAAUGCACUAAUUUGUCUGAGCUGGAACUAUCGAAGAAGUCCAAGUCCUUUGAUGAAGCGAAUAUGAGCAAGUUUACAAUCGAUGGCCCGGGUGGCGAGAUGGUUACAGAAGUUCAUGUCUCUGAUGACUUCGGGGCGAUUAAGCUGUUUACCAACAGGAACCGAGAGUGUUACUGGGGCGAGGAAGAUAGAAACGAUUGGUUUGUAAAGAGGGCGGAGCAGGGCGAGUGUAUUGUAGGGUUAAGUUGCUGUUUUGCUCGGUUGGGCGGCUGGAGUACGAGCGCUAAGCUGCAUAGUCAUUGGAGGUUGAGUGAUCUUGGUGUUGUGACGAUGAGGCCUUAAGGUGUGACUACAUACGGGCGUGGGAUUGUCGAAAGACUUGUUCUGGGAGGCGCAUGCACAGGAGUAAGUGCUGUAGACAUGGCGGGUUACUAUAGAUUAUACUGUGUACUCAUCAAGUUUUAUUUAUUCAUGUGAGCUUGAAGCCGUGUUCAGUGUUAGAGUUGGAAGAUGGGCUGGCUACUUGCGUCAGGUCACCCGUUGAGGGCCUUUGGUCGUACAUGUAGAAACUUAAUAGUGGUACCAGUACCCGCUCAUUGGAAUAGGUGUCAUCAGGU